GUGUGGUUAGGGUUGUUUAGUUUGUGUAAAACGGGCAGAGUUUUGGGGGAGUAGGAAUUUUUCUUUUCGGUGUCUGAAAAGAAAGAGGAGGAGCGCAACGGUAGAAGGUGGGAGGCUAAACCAGCUCACUCAGGGCCGUCUGGUGUUACGGUAUAGUGUUGGGAGCUGAAAAUUAAGAGCAGCAGCAGUAGCAAUUAAAGCAAUUCAAAAUGAGUAAAGUGCAUGGAUCAUUGGCUCGAGCAGGGAAGGUGAGGGGGCAGACGCCCAAGGUUGCCAAGCAAGACAAAAAGAAGAAGCCCAGAGGCCGUGCCCACAAACGCAUGCAGUACAACCGCCGUUUUGUUACUGCCGUGGUUGGAUUUGGGAAGAAAAGAGGUCCAAACUCUUCGGAGAAGUAAUUGAUUAGGUGUAUUAUGAUGGAGGAAAAUGAAUCAGACCUGGAAGUAGAUCUCCUUUGGUGAAGGCUUUCAUUAAUGUAGGAAAUUUCAAAUUUGUAUUUGAGGGUGGUUUUUGUUAUUCAAAAUACUUUAUCUUGAACGUAUUGCUCUGGAAGGACAGAUGCAUAAUUUUUUGGCGCCUUUUAAUUGUAACAAGUACUUUCAGUUAAUGAAAAUGAAAAAAAUGUGAUAUUAAUUUUUA